UAUUUUGUUUGUUUGACUCGACUCGUGCCGUGCAUCCAAGGUGGACAGACGUGUUGCAAGCUCGGACAAACUAUCAGAACAAUCGCUAUGAUUACAUAUUUAGCGGGCGUUUUCCUAGCAUUUAUAACAUACAAAGUUUACAGUAAAUUGACAGCAAGAAAAUGUACAUGCAAAACAAAACUUAAUAACAAAGUGGUCAUCGUGACUGGCUCAAAUACAGGAAUCGGAUUCGAAACAGCAAAAGACCUCGCCCGGCGCGAAGCUAAGGUCAUACUCGCUUGCAGAGACCAAGCGAAGGGCAUCAGAGCGAGAGACGAUAUUAUAAAGGUCACCGGCAAUCGCAAUGUUGUUUACAAACAACUGGACCUGGCGUCGUUCAAGUCGGUGCGGACUUUUGUUUCGCAAAUUCUCGAGACUGAGACCCAUGUCCACAUCCUUAUAAACAACGCCGGUACCGGGAAAUUAGACAAUUCACUAACUGAAGAUAAGCUUCCUGUAGAAAUGCAAAUCAACCAUUUCGGUCCCUUUCUUCUAACGAAACUGCUUCUACCAAUGAUAAAAUCUUCGUCACCGAGCCGGAUAAUAAAUGUGUCCUCCUUAAUGCAUCGCUAUGGUACAAUAGACUUGGAUAAUAUCCACAAGCCGGCAAAAAGCUGGCUUCAGCAUUCCCGAGUGUACUCCAACUCUAAGCUGGCCAACGUGCUGUUUACGAAGAAGCUGAGCCGCGAGCUGUCGGGCGCGGGGGUGGGGGUGGCCGUCAAUUGCCUGCACCCGGGCGCCGUCAGCACCGAUAUAUUUCGCCACCAACCAGCACUUUCCAGAUUUUUAAUUAGUCUCGUUUUUAAAACACCGGAAGAGGGAGCUCAAACCACUAUUCACCUGGCCGUAUCGCCGGAAUUAGGUGACGUCACGGGGAAAUACUUUUCAGAUUGCAAUGAAACGGCAUCCUCCUGCCGCUCCGAAGAUAAGAAACUCGCUGACAAGCUGUGGGAGCUUUCAGACAAACUUACCAAAGAAAAAUAAUCACGUUUUAAUUACGACAAACAGUGUUUUAGAAGGACUAUGGACUACUAAUUAGAAGAGUUAAACUUAUGUUUUGUAGUGGAUGCCAAAAUAAAGACGAUUUUGUGAAUUUUGUA